AUGCCCUCUCAAGAGAAGGGCCUUAAGAAGCUCUUUCACCCCUUCAACCAUCGCGCCUCUGAGAAGAUUGAGGAGAUUGAGCAAAAGCUUGAACACACCAAAUUGCGAGGCGCGCAUAUCAAGGCCGUGCAUGUGAAGCAUAAAAUUGGCAAGUUUACCAACCUCUUCAACGCCAACCAUCGCCAUGACGAGGAGCAUGAGCAGCAAACGGAUGCGAAGAGGAGCAAGAUUGCAGAGAGUCACAGGUUCCAGAGUUUUGCGCCAGAGCGAGAUGGUAAUUUGGUGAAGUGGUACGUAGAUGGAAGGGACUACUUCUGGGCCGUUGCCGAGGCAUUGGAGCAAGCCAAAGAGACCAUCUACAUUGCAGAUUGGUGGCUCAGCCCUGAGCUCUUCCUGAAGCGACCGCCUUACUAUAAUCAGCAAUUUCGGUUGGAUCAAGUGCUCAAGCGACGUGCCGCGGCCGGUGUGAAGAUCUAUAUUUCUGUGUACAAAGAGGUUUCUGCCGCUCUCACAUGCAAUAGCCAACAUACCAAGAAGGCACUCAUGGGCCUGUUCAAAGAGGGCGAGCCUGGAUACGGGAAUAUCAAAGUGAUGAGACAUCCCGAUCACAACGUCUUCGAAAACGCCUCAGACAUGACAUUCUACUGGGCCCAUCACGAGAAGUUCAUCGUCAUCGACUAUGCUAUGGCCUUCAUUGGUGGACUUGACUUGUGCUAUGGUCGAUGGGACGAGAAACAGCAUCCGCUUUCCGAUGCGCACCCAUCGGGUGUUCAGAAUCAGAUCUUCCCUGGGCAGGACUACAACAACAACCGUAUCAUGGAUUUUGAGAGUGUUCAAGACUGGAAAUCCAACAAGCUGAAUAAGCUCGAGUACGGUCGCAUGCCAUGGCACGAUGUCGCUAUGGGCGUCAUUGGUCCGGCCGUGUACGACAUCGCUGAACAUUUCGUCCUGCGAUGGAACUUUGUAAAGCGUGAAAAGUACAAGCGUGACGAGCGAUAUGACUGGCUUACUAUGGAGGGCCGAGAGGGCGCCGACGAAGAUCUGGUCGGAGUGCAGAGGCCCAAAUUCCCAGUUGGUGAAUAUGUGCACCAUCCCAUAACACAGCUAAACAGCAAGAACCUCGACAACCGUGGCACCGUACAUGCACAAUUAGUCAGGAGUAGCGGAGACUGGUCUAUGGGAAUCGACCCUCAUGAGCAGAGUAUCCAAAAUGCAUACUGCGAGCUCAUCCGCAACGCGCAACACUAUGUAUACAUCGAGAAUCAGUUUUUCAUCACAGCAACAGGCAAGAACGAUCAAAAUCCUGUUCACAACCAAAUUGGGGCUGCGAUGGUCGAUGCUGUUGUGUCAGCAGCCAAGGAGCAACGCAACUUCAAGUUGAUCAUUGUCAUCCCGGCUAUCCCCGGAUUCGCGGGAGAUUUGCGAGAUCAGGCUGCUGCUGGAACACGCGCCAUCAUGGACUAUCAAUUCAAGAGCAUUUGCAGAGGAGACGAGAGUAUCUUCGGAAAGGUUAAAGCGGCUGGUGUCGACCCCGAAAAGUACAUUUUCUUCUUCAAUCUCCGCUCGUACGACCGUAUCAAUGUCACUCCCACACUUAAAGAGCGCGAGAAGAAGUCUGGUAUGACGUACAUGGAUCUUGAGGCAGCUGAGAUCGACGAGCUAGAGGCAUCACCGGAAGAAGGUGGAGAGGAGGCACGGCGCAAAGCUGCCGAGAUGAGGAAGGCGUACAUGGAUGAGGAGGAAGACGUAGGCAAAGGUGAUCAGGGCGGUGUCAUCGACCCAGACUCGAUUGCCGACGACGCCAUGCUUACGGAAAAGAAGCCUAGUGAAGAAAAGUGGGAAGGUGAAGAGGAAGAGGAGAAAGAGCACUUCUUCCAAGAAGAGCUCUAUAUCCACGCCAAGAUCUGCAUCAUUGACGACAGGACCGUUAUCUGCGGUUCCUCCAACAUCAACGAUCGUUCCCAGUUAGGCUUCCACGACUCUGAACUCUCCAUCGUCUUGCAGGACACAGCCGAGAUUGAUACGGAAAUGGACGGCAAGCCCUACAAAGCCGCACGUCUCGCCCACGAACUCCGCAGCAGCCUGUGGCGCGAACAUCUCGGCCUCCUCCCGCCUCAACCCCUCAACGCGGCCGACGACCCCAACGCGCAACCACCUGGCGAAGACUCGCCUAACGACCCCAUGCCCGGCCCCGAAGCUGACUUCGUCUCUGACCCCCUGUCGUCCAAACUCUGGGACGAAUGGACGGAGCGCGCGACUACCAACACCGAGGUCUUUAGGUCUCUGUUCCACGCCGAUCCCGACGACAAUAUCCUCACGUUUGAAGAUUAUGAUAAAUUCACGCCGAACCCUUCAGGCGACAAAGAACACAAGCAGGGUCAUUUAUACGAUAUGGUCAGGCCUGUUAAGGAGAUCAGAGCAGAGUUAGAUCGCGUGAAGGGGCAUCUAGUGUGGAUGCAGCUGAAGUUCCUGGAGAACGCUGAUAUGGCUGAACGGGGACUGCAGGUAAACUCUUUUACGGAGAGUGUGUAUACAUGA